CGCAUUCUACACUACCUUACGGGGUCUCGCUACGGUACAGAGGUACUUCCAGACCGGCACGCGCUUGAAGGACCCAGUCUUUUUUGAUACCCCGGUGUUGAUCAAGGAACGCGUCCCGUCUCUGGGACUGCACUUUCCUCCGAUCUACCUGCAACGGUACAUCAAUACGUCAACAUCAGCGCCGACGGAAUAUCGCAUUUACAUUCACGAUUCUCCAACUUUUCCGCGCGGAGGAGAUUCCGGGAAACUGAACAGGACCCCCAACACCUGCAUAUGCACCACCACCAACUGCCAUGAUUUUCGCCCACACGAAUUUACCCUAAUACAAGUAUAUAAUCCCACCGACUUCCCACAACUCUCUGAGACCCGAUAUCGACAACCCCAGGCGAGAACCCCGCGACACAUUCACGAUGCCCAGACCAAGGAAAUCACGGGUUGUGCCGUCGCAGCCUACAGCGAACAGCUCCUCCGCCACACCACCCGUCGUCACUAAGCCGACUGCCACAGACCCCAGCAGCGAUAUCUACGAUGUUAGCGAUCGAGAAAAGGAACGCGCUAAGCAGCGCGCCGCCGCCGUGGCAGCAGCCCAACGACACAUGAAUUCCGACCAGGCUAAGGAGCUGGAGGACGCGAAACAGAGGCGAGACCAGGCCAUGGACCGGCUGGCCAAUAUGACCUCAACAACCGGUACUGCCGACACCGACCGGAAUCCCGAUGCCGCAACCUCCUAUUCUAGACGCGAGAGAGAGGAGUCCACCCGACCGAGCCCGCGAGCGCCCCGGCGAUUAACAGGCGACACUUCCGGCCUGGAUCUGGAUGACGAUAUGUUUGACCUCGACGAUAGUCUCGAGGACCCUACGAUUACCGCCCUGAAUGCCGGUGGCUACCGGUCCGCCAACACCUCUUCGUUCGAUGUCGGUCUCUUCCAGCGCCACCGUCCACGUCAAAACAGUGUCUCAGGCAGAGACGACGGGCCCGUCAGGCCAAGUAGCAGGGGGCCCACUACACCGAGCGUCAUGUCUACACUCAACCUGGGUCUGUUCAAGCGACGAGCACGCGAGCCCAGUAUUUUGGGAACGGCACAGAAAGGACGACGACAGAGAUCCCUGUCCGUGACUUCGCAGGUGUCACGCAUCCCCAUGACUGAUGAGGAAGAUCAUAUGGAUGUGGAUCGAGAAGCGGCUAUUGAAGACGAAGAUUCAGGUCCAGAUGGCGAGUCGACGCCGCUCGACAUGAUGAAGAGACGGUCUGGUGCCAGCGCUUUCACAGGCGCAGCUUUGGGUGCCGAUGUCACGGUUCCGGCCUCCAGUGGAGCGAUGCCUGUCGACGACGAUGAAGAAAUCAUGGAAACCGGCUCUCCAUCUCGGCGCUCGAAGAAACGCAAGUCACUUGAAAGCCACUCCGGUCGUAAGAAGCGCGGCAGAUCAGUGGUACAUGAGCAACCUGUUCCUGAACCAGAAGAGGAAGAAAAUGAGGUCAUUCACCAGUCGAUAGAGAUGCGAGAUGGAAGCGACAGCCCCAUUUCAUCGCCACUCUCAACACCCGCCCUUUCGCCUGUUCCAGACCAUAUACCGUCCAGUCCUCCCAGGCAGUCCAGGCCCCCCAUCGAUCCUAACGACCCGGUCAACGCACCACCCGCAAGCGAUUCCUCAGAAGCUGAGAGCCCAGUGGCCUGGCCAUCACUCAACAACUUGACGCACCGGUCAUACAACAGCCGGCGAGCAGCACCUGUUUAUACAGAACGACUUCAGACUCCCGAACUGCUACCACGCCUAGGCGCCGGGCCAAUGGGGGCCGUAGACGCGGACAUGUCAUCUGAACUUUCCUCACCACCCUCACUCACACACUCACCAAACUACAAAGCCCCAAAUACUGCAAAGGCCUCAGCAGUCGCCGCCGCAGCAUUCAAAAAGGCCACCGGAGCUGUCAAGAAGCGUGAAGAGGAAAAAUUAGCAACGGAGGCACUAACAAGCUUGCUGCCUGCUCGACGGAAUCGCGCAAAACCCGACAGAAAGAACAAGAAGGGGAGGAACAAGGAGAACCCUUACGACAUCACUAGUGACGAGGGCUCCUCCUCCUCUUCUGAAGAUGAAACUGCCGCAGACGGUGACGAACUAUCAUACAUUGCCACCGCUGCCGCCAGGAAAAAGAAGGAAAAGGCGCUCAGUGCCGCAAAGCAGAAGCAGCUGAAAGAGAAGGACAAGCAGAAAAUGAAGCCGCCACAUGGUACAACUACCAAUGGCAAAGCCGCUGCCAAAUCCAAACCCGGCUCUUCGGAGCCAAAGCGAACGUACGGUAGAGCAGGCUCCGACAAGGAGAACGCCGAUGGUGCUGAUGCUUCGGGCGGUGACAGGGAUAAGGAGCAGGAUGGCGAGGACGACGAUGAUGACCAGGAACCAGUUUCUGCAAUGGACCUUGGUGAGGCUGAAGAGUUGCCGGAAACGACGCAAAUGAUGACGGAGAGACUGGGUGAAGAGCUGCUGAAGGCGGCGAAGAAGUUCAAGGAGGUGGAUAAGUGGGAGCUGUCGUUUGAGGAGGUUACGCAGCCGAGUUCGCCUAUUCCGGAUGCUAGGUGAUGUGGUUAUGUUGCAUUUUCUGGGUUAUGGAGUUGGAUUUUCAUGCUGGGUGGUCUGUUUUUUAACUCGAGCACAAGCCACAAUUCGGAAUGGUAUGUGACAUGAUGUAUUGUGUUUCAAAGGUCGACGGGUAUCUGGAUUACUAGCGUUCUGCAUAUUCACUGGCUGAAAAUAAGGCUGUCUUGUUCACCUCAGGUGUCGCCAAAAACUAUCACCAAAGACCUGAACAGGCCGGCUUUGAUAUGCAUCUUCAAAUGGUG